AUAAGAUGAUCAGAAGAGUUAAAAACUGCACUCCUGCAAUUCUCUCUGCAAUGUCACUAUAUAUGAUUUUGUUGAUUUGUUAGAAAUGCUUGUUUUGCUCCACAGCUUGAUGGCAGUAAGAUGAGUUCAGACCGGGCUCCUCCCAUCGUGAUGUACGAGCGCAAAGAUUCAAGAUGGCUGCUCAAAGACAAACACACGAUAAUGCUGAGACAGUGGGACGAGAUCCGGUCGAUAGCCACUCAGAUGCUGGAGUCGGGCGACCACUCGCUGUUGGUGGAUUUUGACAGCCACCUGGAUGACAUCACAAAGGACUGGACCAAUCAGAAAGUGAAUACUAAGAUAGCCGAGCUCUCCUCUCCAGCCAACGGGAACAUCUAGACCGAGGUGGAGCCGUGUGCGAAUUGAUGUUCUGACCCAACAUGUGAUUUUUAUAACAACCACACAGAGCUUAGCUUUAUAUUUAUUAGACUGAACAGGGACAUAACAUAGAACAUGCAUAAAUAACAACAUAUUUACAGCUCGGUAGACCACCCCCUCAGAGUGUGCCUUGUUGCAGCCCUUCUGAUUUAAAGGAAACAUUUACCUUAACACUAUUGCAAUGCACCUGUGGUAUUUUUGUGUUUUGUUAAUAUUUAAUUGUUAUUUCUAUGUUGAUUACAGGCUCCAGGGGGUGACAUAAUAACAAACACCUUCAAAUUACAAUACAAAAGUCUUGCAGUAAAAGCAAACUUUUAUGAGUGUUUCAGGUUAUCAUGAUUAAGGUGGUAGUUAAUUUUGUUUAAGCUGAUGCUGCCUUCAAAUAAAGCAUUUCUUUGUAUAACACUGAUAUAAAGGGUUUGUAGGAGCAUUUAAACACAUAUACCAUUUUUUAAUUGUUUAUUAAUAUGUAUUUGUCAAAACAUAUGACUUCCUGUGUGCACCCAGAAGUGGGGGUUCCUGUAUAAACAGACUACCUACACAUGUAUAUAAAAUGUCUUGAAAGGAGAAGUACUGACAAAUACUAAAAACAUUGAUAAACACUUAAAAAUGUCCAUUAUAUUUGCAUACAGUUACGGCAUAGUGUACAACCCAGGAUAUGUAGUCGAUAAUUAUCUUUAAAUCUAUAUUUUAAAACAAAUAUAUAUAUGUACUAAAUAUUCUGAGCGUCAGCAGACUGUUUUUACUGCAAGACUUUUGUAUUGAAAUGGAGGUCUGUUCUUUGUUUUCUCCAAUACCUAAC